AUGGUGGAUGUACAGCACUUAACCGGCGGCAGGUGUGGAGAUGCUGAGCUGAAGAUGGGGUCGGUAACGUCGCACUUCGGCCCGUUGUGUGGGAAAGAGGAGAAGAGAGAGGAGGAGAGACUCUUUCGUGCCAACGACAGACCCUUCAACCUGUCUUACCGCUAUGCCGACAACGCCAUCAAGACCGCCAAAUACAACCUGUUCACCUUCCUGCCGCUCAACCUCUUCGAGCAGUUCCGGAGGCUCGCCAAUGCCUACUUCCUCUUCCUCAUGGUCCUCCAGCUCAUCCCGCAAAUCUCCUCCCUGUCCUGGUUCACCACGGCCGUCCCGCUCAUCUUGGUGCUGACCAUGACGGCGGUCAAAGACGCCAGCGAUGACAUAAACCGACACAGAAGCGACAAGCAGGUGAACAACCGCCUGGUGGACGUCCUCAUCGAUGGAGAACUGAGAAAUGAAAAAUGGAUGAACGUUCAGGUUGGAGACAUCAUCAGGCUGGAGAAUAAUCAGUUCGUCACAGCCGACCUCAUGUUGCUGUCCAGCAGCGAGCCUCUCAACCUGGUCUACGUGGAAACGGCUGAACUGGACGGUGAAACCAACCUGAAGGUGAAACAGGCCCUGACGGUAACCGGAGAGAUGGGGGACGGCAUCGACGCGCUGGCUGGCUUCAAGGGUGAAGUGCGAUGCGAGCCCCCCAACAACCGUCUGGACAAGUUCAAGGGAACCCUCUCCCUGGACGGGCAGACCUACUCCCUGGACAAUGACAAGGUGCUGCUCAGAGGGUGCACACUGAGGAACACCGAGUGGUGCUUCGGUCUGGUCAUCUUCGGAGGUCCCGACACCAAGCUGAUGCAGAACAGUGGGAAGACAAUAUUCAAACGGACGAGCAUUGAUCUCCUGAUGAACGUGCUGGUGUUGUGCAUCUUUGGCUUCCUGGCGUUAAUGUGCACCGUUCUGGCCAUCGGCAAUGCAAUCUGGGAGGUGAGGGAGGGCUCGGUGUUCACGGUCUUCCUCCCUCGUGAUCAAGAGGCUAGCGCCGCCCUCUCUUCCUUCCUCUCCUUCUGGUCCUACGUCAUCAUCCUCAACACGAUGGUGCCUAUUUCGCUCUACGUCAGUGUGGAGAUCAUCCGUCUGGGGAACAGCUUCUACAUAGACUGGGACCGGAAGAUGUACUACCCCAAGAGCGACACCCCUGCCCAGGCGAGGACCACCACGCUCAACGAGGAGCUGGGCCAGAUCAAGUACAUCUUCAGCGACAAGACCGGCACCCUGACGCAGAACAUCAUGACCUUCAACAAGUGCUCCAUCAACGGGAAAGCUUACGGGGAGCUGUUUGACUUCUCUGGACAGAGGGUGGAAAUAACAGAGAAGACGGACAGAGUGGACUUCUCCUGGAACCGGCUGGCCGAUCCGAAGUUCUCCUUUCACGACCACAGCCUGGUGGAGACGGUGAGGGAUGGAAACCCGGAGGCUCGGGCCUUCUUUCGCCUGCUCGCUCUGUGCCACACCGUCAUGCCCGAGGAAAAGAAAGAGGGCGAGCUCUACUACCAGGCCCAGUCUCCCGACGAGGGCGCGCUGGUGACCGCGGCGAGGAACUUUGGUUUUGUGUUCCGCUCGCGCACACCAGAGACCAUCAUAGCCAUGGAGCUGGGCAGGCAGGUCGUGUAUGAGCUCCUGGCCGUCCUCGACUUCAAUAACGUCCGCAAGAGGAUGUCCGUCAUAGUACGUAGCCCGGAAGGCAAGUUGACUCUCUUCUGCAAAGGAGCAGACACCAUCAUCUAUGAAAGACUGCACCCGUCCUGCAACAAGCUGAUGGAAGUGACCACCAGACACCUCAACGAGUAUGCAGGAGACGGCCUUCGCACGCUGGUGCUGGCCUACAAGGACUUGGACGAGAGCUACAUGGACGAGUGGAAACUGCGCCACCAUGAGGCCAGCACCGCCAUGGACGACCGAGAGGAGAGGCUCGAUCAGCUCUACGAAGAGAUCGAGAAAGACCUGAUGCUGUUGGGAGCGACAGCUGUGGAGGACAAGCUGCAGGACGGCGUGCCACAGACCAUUGAGCAACUGGCUAAAGCUGACAUCAAAAUCUGGGUGUUAACUGGUGACAAACAGGAGACGGCGGAGAACAUCGGCUACUCCUGCAACAUGCUGAGAGAGGAGAUGAAGGAGAUCUUCGUUGUGUCAGCCAACACGCCGGAAGCAGUCGGAGAGGAGCUGCGGAACGCGAGGAGGAAAAUGUGUCCCGACGCGGCGGAGGAGCCGUCUGUGAUCAAGGGUCGAGCCGGCCUGUUUUGGCUCCAGAAGACGGAGAGAGUGGAGGACGAGAAGACGGAGGGCGAAUAUGGCCUAGUUAUUAAUGGGCACAGUCUGGCCUUCGCACUGGAGAAGAGCUUGCAUCUGGAGCUGCUGAGGACAGCAUGCAUGUGUCGGACCGUGAUCUGCUGCAGGGUCACCCCUCUGCAGAAGGCCCAGGUGGUUCAGCUGGUCAAGAAAUACAAGCAGGCCAUCACUCUGGCCAUCGGCGACGGGGCCAACGAUGUCAGCAUGAUCAAGGCUGCUCACAUCGGUGUUGGUAUCAGCGGUCAGGAGGGCAUGCAGGCGGUUCUCUCCAGCGACUACUCCUUCGCCCAGUUCCGUUACCUUCAGCGCCUCCUGCUGGUGCACGGCCGCUGGUCCUACCUGCGCAUGUGCAAGUUCCUGCAGUACUUCUUUUACAAGAACUUCACCUUCACCUUUGUGCAUUUCUGGUACGCCUUCUUCUGCGGCUUCUCUGCUCAGACGGUGUACGACGAGUGGUUCAUCACCUUGUACAAUCUGGUUUACACGGCACUUCCUGUCCUCGGCAUGAGCCUCUUUGACCAGGAUGUGAACGACCGCUGGAGUUUCCAGUACCCCCAGCUCUACUCCCCGGGCCAGCUCAACCUGUACUUCAGUAAGAAGGCCUUCGUGCACUGCAUGAUGCACAGCUGCUACAGCUCCCUCAUCCUCUUCUUCAUCCCGUGGGCCGCCAUGCACGACACGGUCCGAGACGACGGCAAGGACGUCGCCGACUACCAGUCCUUUGCUCUGCUGGCUCAGACCUGUCUGCUGAUCGUGAUGAACAUACAGCUGUGUCUGGACACCCACUACUGGACAGCAGUGAACCAGUUCUUUGUCUGGGGCAGCCUGGCCGCUUACUUCGCCGUCACAUUAACCAUGUACAGCAACGGCAUGUUCCUCAUCUUCACCACCUCUUUCCCCUUCAUCGGCACGGCAAGAAACUCUCUGAACCAGCCCAACGUUUGGCUCACCAUCUUCCUGACUUCCCUCCUCUGCAUUCUGCCCGUGGUGGCUUUCCGCUUCAUUGUCAUUCAGCUUCAGCCCACCGUCAACGACAAGGUGAGACACAAGUUGCGGAAGGAGGCGCUGCCGGCUCCGGAGCCCCGCCUCCCGCCCGCCAGGCGCAUCAGCACCCGCCGGUCGGGCUACGCCUUCUCCCACGCGCAGGGCUACGGCGAGCUGGUGACGUCCCGGAGGUUCCUGCUGAAGCGGCCCCUGAGGAGCCGACCGGCGCUGUUCGCGCAGACGGACUCGCCGCUGGCUCAGAAUCAGCCGCAGCUCUACCGCACCAUCGCCGAGGAGCCGGAGGAACGGCCGCCGCAGAGUGAGCGGGAACCUCGCAUGUUCUAGUUUCCAGCGGAGAACGUUUCCAUUCAAUACAUUCCAAAAAAAAAUGUAUCUAAUGGAUGAAUAUCACUGUGAAAAUGUUGAACUUGGCAGCACAUGCAACCUCAAAGGACCACACAGGGGCUUUCAUGUGUUUCAGCAACACUCACACCAGGGGCGUUUCUAGGAUUUAAAGAAAGGCGGGGCUUAGCCCCAAGGGGAGUGGCAUGUUUGCACCCCCAUGUUUGGGGCCCAGAUAUCCAUUGUUUUCAGACAGUCCAUAGAUUGGUUCAUU